AAACAAACCGGAAUGGAGUGCUGAUCACAGCGGACCUCCAAUGACAGAACCGCAUUGAACAAAGACCGAGUACAAAAGGAGGAAAAUCACACAACCGAAGACAAAGAGGCUCUCCGAGCACCCGAUUGAAGCCCUGUAAUCACUGGGUCAUUACACAGGCCAGCCAACGAAACACAGAUAUCGAGAAUGGGAGGCGCGAGCUCCAGUGAACAGACGGCGGAGACUGAGACCCCCGCAUUCUUCACACAGGAAGAGCUCAGCAAACUGAAGUCUAAUUUUGAAACAGGUGGGGUCGAAAAAGUUAAACCUCUGAUAGAGAAGAAGGUCACUGAGCUGGACAACACAGAGCUUAACAUCGCAGUGACGGGAGAAACAGGUACAGGAAAAUCCACCUUCAUCAAUGCCAUGAGAGGGCUUCGGAGCACCGAUCCGGGUGCAGCUGAAGUUGGGACCACAGAAACAACAAUGGAGCCAAGCGGAUACCCACAUCCCAUUUUGCCCAAUGUUCGCUACUGGGACCUGCCAGGGAUCGGAACUACAAGAUUUCCAGCGGGUAAAUACCUGACGGAAAUGAAAUUUAAAAGAUACGAUUUCUUUAUCAUUAUCUCCGCUUUUCGAUUCAGAGAAAGUGAUGCAAAACUUGCCAAAGAGAUUAAACGACUUGGGAAAGACUUCUAUUUUGUCCGCUCUAAGGUUGACGUCGAUCUUGAUUCCAUGAGGAAGGAAUACAAGGUUAUUAAUGAAGAAGAAGAGCUGGGAAAGAUUCGAAGUGACUGCAUCAGGAAGUUGAGAGAGGCAGGGUUUCUGGAUCCAACUGUGUUCCUGAUAUCCAGUUUUGAGCAGGAUCGGUUUGAUUUCAAUCGGUUAAAUGAAGGACUUGAAGGUGAUCUAAAUAAUGUAAAGAAAAGGAUCUUUGUCCUCGCCCUUCCAAACCUAAGUGUGGAAAUAGUUCAGAAGAAAAAUGUGAUUCUGAAGAAGCAUAUCUGGAUGUUCGCAACGCUCUCAGGAGGAUUGGGAGCGGUCCCGGUUCCUGGCGUCUCUCUCGCUUGCGACAUCUGUAUAGUGAUUGGAGCCAUUGUCCAUUUCCGAAAAUGUCUGGGUCUGGAUGAUGCUUCUCUUCAAAGACUGGCCGAAAGGGCAGGUAAACCUGUGGAAGACCUGAAGGCGGAAAUAAAAGCUCCCCUGCUGGGGGAAAUAACCCCAGAUGUAAUUGUAAGGUUAGGUUGGGGCGCUGCUGUUGUUACCGUUUCUGCCAUGGAAUUCGCUCUUGACUUUGUCCCAGUCAUUGGUUCCAUUUUUGGAGCAGGGUCAUCAUUUCUCAUGACCUACAAAUUACUGAGUGCUGCACUGAAGGAUCUUACGGAGAGCGCAACGAGAGUGGUGAAGGUUGCGUUUGCGUCUGAUUAACUAGUCUGCAGAAACAUCGAUCCAAGCGGAUGAACAUAUGGAUCAAUUUCUCGUCAAUGUUGGUUUACCGUGAAUUGAAUGUAUUCUUACUUCAGCUAAAACAUCACAAAAUAUAGUUUCAUUGAUGAAAGAAUGCAGACAAAACAAUGAAAUCCUUUUAGUUUAAUUUUCUCCAAUUAAUUUGAUACUCUGCAGUUUUAUACGGUUCUUUAGUUUGUUAUGGGGAGUCUUGAUGGAUAUAGUUGAACAAAACAGUACAGCAUGACCUGGAUACUAAUGGAGUGAACAUUGAGUGCUCCCAAGCUUUAAUCCCUUUACUUUCAUCUUCAGAACAAGUGGCAUGUCUCCAGCGAAGACGUGAUGCAGUUAGCUUUACACCAGCUCCGUCAGUAAUGUUAUUACCAGGAAUGGUGUUAUCAAAGAUGACGUGAAUUUAGCAACUUCCCAGAAAAUUCGCCAACAACAAACACAAACAAAACAUCUUUGGAUCACUCAACAGGGACAUUGCUUUACUACUUGGUGAAGUGAAGUGUAAUCCAUGUUGGACCACACAGUAUAUUCAUUAACAGACGGGAGUUGUGAAAUCCCUGGGAAUGGGAACAAGGAGAAGAAAAUGAUCUGCACGAAGCACGUUCAGAAGGCCAGGUGCAGUGGGAGUAACGUGUGGAAGCAUCUUACACCAGCUGACUGCAAAUCUUCUGCUGCAUUACGGACUCGAACAGCCGAUUGAUGAUAUAUUGUAAUGUUCUUUCAUGCUGUGAUUAAUUUACAAUUUUCCAAACGUGUAUAUUGUUGAUCCAUAACCAUUCCUUAAGAGACAUUUACAUCAUA